UUCAACAUGGCCGACGAAAUUCCAAUUUUUCCUAAGGCUGGAUCGAUUUUGAUAAAUACCGGGAGUAUUGUGAAUUGGAAUCGCCUGAAGAGGAAGCCGAACCACACGCCCACAGAUGAGCUGAAAGAGUGUAUAAGUGCCACUGUGGGGUCUUGGCUCAACGAUUUGGAUAAAACUAAAGCACAGUAUGCAACUGACCUGAAAUGUAUAAAUCCAACUUUUAGCAGCAAUCUCUCUGGAGAUGAUAGAGAACAGCUCAAAAUUACUGUGAAGAUAUUUGUAACUCAGCCAGAUCCAUUGGCUUUAGAAGAUGCAAUAGAAAAAGUUUUGGCAGACUUGGAUGUGACCAGUUUGGAGACAGUAUUACUGUCACUGUCCCAGCCAGACCAGAAGUCUGUCUCUAUGGAUGGGAUAAAAACAUUGUGGGAAGUACUGGAAAGAAUGGUAGAAAAAGAGAAGAUUCUCGCCAUUGGUAUUAGUGACCUUGCCAAGGAUGAACUUGAACAGUUACACACUUGGUCCACGGUCAAGCCCUGUAUUAACCAUGUCAACUUGGCCAGCUGUUGUGUAAUGCCCCCUGAUCUGACAGAAUAUGCCAAGGAGCAGGAUAUACAACUACUAACUCACAGUGAUCCCAAAGAAAUGUUCCCAGACAAGACUUUCCAGGACGUUCUCUGCAGCACAGCGACUGAGAAGGACUCGGAGGGUUGGUCAGUAUCCUGGAUAGCCCGCUACACAGCAUUGGUCAAGGACCGGGGGAUCAUUAAAGCCAAGGGGUAUCUAGUCAAAGCUGUCAGAGAUGUCAAAAAAGGGAAGUGAUGUCACAAAAUGGGAAUUAUUUCAUGAACAGGAAGUGAUGUCACAAAAUGGGAAUUAUUUCAUGAACAGGAAGUGAUGUCUCACAAUUUGUGAACAGGAAAUGACGUUAUGAAAAAAAUUGCAACUCUCCCUGCAUAGUGUCAGUGUAGUAGAAGGAGAGACAAUUUUUUAUACUUGUAUUCAUAAAGUUACCAUACAGUAAUAGCUCAUAAAAAUAUACUGGAGUGAUAGACAUUUAGUUAUCCAAUAUUAUUUGCUAAAAGGUUGUGAUUGAAUAAAAAGGAAAUGAAGUGAUAUUCAGAAAAGGGGAUGUCACACCGUCACAGUGAUAUCAUAAACCGGAAGUGGUGUAACAAAGAGGAAAUGUUGAGCAUCUGCAAUAUUCACUCCAAAUAUCAAAGUCUUAUGACAUAUUCACUAUAGAAGUUCAUUUUGGCCAUAUUUAGAGCACUGGUCAUGUACACAGAGUCAGACAAUUAAGUAAGUGUGCCAAAAAUAUAGAGCAUUCACUUUCAUUUAGUGACUGAAUACGAAAGGAAAACACAAAACCUAAAAGUUCAUGUAUUUUUUUUUUAUCUAAAACUGCAUAAAAUAUGAAGUCUGUUUUUUCUAUUACUUUGAAAAGGUUACUGCAGCGACUGUUGGUCCCAUAAAUCAUAGGUUUGGAAUUGUAUUACUUGAGCUGCUAAUGUAUUGAGCAUUUAACAUUCACGUUUUUUUAGCAUUUAGAGCCAAUAUGAUGAACUUAAAUGGCUAGUGUAUAAAAUUUUGUAAAGGAAAUCUGUAAGCCCACUGUUACAGGUUGAGAUAGCUUUAUGAAAGUAUUGAGCCAAGAUUGAUGUAAAAUUUAUGUAUUUUGUGAAAUUUUGAAGUUAAGAUUUUUUCUUACAUGCACCAUAUGUAUCUCUGGUCUGUAAGGGAUGUGCUUUAUACUUGUAUAGUUUAUAAAGAAUAAUGUAGAUAUGUACAAGAUCCAUGCAGAUACACGCACACACACACACACACACACACACACACAUGCACAAAUAGACUGCAAUAUUGUAUAUAAUUUUCAUUGAUUAGGUGAGGGAUAUUAUGCAUGUCUAUAUCCAAUUUUCUACAUUUUUAAGCGAGGAGUACAGUCAACAUUUUGCUGUAGAGUUUUGUGGCGUAAAUAGUUGAUAAUAACACUAAUGAAUAGUUUUUUAAUUUCAUUUCAGCAGUUUUAAUACAUAUGCCAUACAUGUGUUAUCUGCAGACUACGAGCAUAUAAAACAGAAAG